UAAUAAUAGUUCUCGUGAUUUCUCUGGGACUGAUCGAAUUCGCUACUAUUUUCUCUCUCCUCUCUCUCUCUCCCCUUCUUCGAUCAGCUUCCUUCUUCUUUCCUCACAUGGUAAUGGAAUACUCCUACUUCCACUGCCCUUUCUUGAGAUUUGCGGUGACCUUUUUCAUUGCUACUCUUCUCGUUGGAAAUGCUAGUGCCCAUUCUUCUUCUUCUUCUUCGGGAACUUGCAAUUUUCCAGCCAUUUUCAAUUUUGGUGACUCUAAUUCUGAUACAGGAGGCUUUUCUGCUGUUUUCGGACAAGCUUGGCCACCAGCAGGGGAAACCUAUUUUGGUGCUCCUGCAGGAAGAUAUUCGGAUGGACGCCUCAUCGUCGAUUUCAUAGCGGAGAAACUAGGAUUGCCUCAUCUCAGCGCAUAUCUAGAUUCUAUUGGGACAAAUUUCACUCAUGGAGCUAACUUCGCGACUGCUGCAUCAAGGAUUAGGAAACUAAAUCACUCCGUUCCUCAGGGUGGACUCAGUCCAAUUUCUUUAGAUAUUCAAAAGAAUGAAUAUGCACAAUUCACUGUAAGAACUCAAACUAUUCGAAAUCGAGGUGCAGUUUUCCAAAAUUUAAUGCCAAGAAGUGAAUAUUUUUCACGUGCUCUAUAUACUUUUGAUAUUGGCCAAAAUGAUAUCACUAGUAGUUACAACAUCAGUAUGACAAAGGCGGAAGUUAGAGAUAUAACAUCUGACGUACUCGAUGAGUUCUCCCAAAGUGUUAAGGAUAUCUACGGUCUAGGAGGGAGAUAUUUCUGGAUCCACAAUACUGGCCCAGUUGGAUGCUUAGCGUACAUGCUAGAUUCCCUACUAAUCACUGCGGGGGAAAUUGAUAAAGCCGGUUGCGUCAAAACUAUCAAUGAUAUAGCUCAGUAUUUCAACCGAAGGCUAAAUGAAACUAUUGUUAAACUCAGAAAAGAACUCCCAUCAAGUGCAAUCACGUACGUGGAUGUCUACAAAGUUAAAUAUUCACUCAUCAGCAAAGCUAAACAAUAUGGAUUUAAGCAGCCUCUUAGAGCUUGUUGCGGGCAUGGAGGCAAGUAUAACUUCAACUCAAAAUAUGGAUGUGGAGCAAAGAUGAAAGUGAAUGGAACAGAGAUAGUGGUUGGUUCAUGCAAAAAUCCGAAAGUUAAGAUUUGUUGGGAUGGUGUCCACUAUACCGAAGCAGCAAACAAAUUUGUGUUUGAUCAAAUUGUUGAUGGUUCUUUCUCAGACCCGCCAAUCUCAUUGACUAUGGCCUGCCGCAGACCAACCUCAUACUGACUCUGACUCCUCAGAGUUGCUCAAGAAAGUGCUCCGUCCAUUCUUGUUUCAGUCUAUUCAUCUUUUGCUCUUUUGGUCUCUCUUUAAAUAAUAAUUAAUCAUUUUUGGAACUCUAAAACCUUGGUUCAGUAACUUUUGGGGGUUUUGGGUUAGUGUCACUAAUGUGACAUUGUGACCAUGCUGAACCAAAAUCAUUAUCGGUGCUUAUUAUUUGAUAGAUAAAACUGUUAUUUGUGAACCAUGAAGGAUUAAGCUAUGCUAUCCAUCAAAACUCAAACACCUUGUAUAAUUUUUUUUGAAUUAAUAAUGUUGCAAAAGCUACAAAACA